AUGAGAGAGAGGGGGCGGAUCAGGUUGUGGCAGCGUCGCCUGUCAAUCACGCUGCUCGAACGGUGGACAGUGCCAGACAGGGUUGUUGGAGGAUUUGGAGAUUGUGUAAUCGGCACCGAUGGAACCCAGAAGAAGAAAAAAAAAUCCCUUGAGGAAAAUGCGGCCCCAAGUCAUAAAAUUAGCGACCUGUUUGCGCAGCGUUCGGCAUCAACAUCUGGUUUAGUUAGAAGCAGUAGCAGCAGCCGGAGUGAGCUGACCAAACCACCUGCACCUGAGUCGUCCAGCUUCAGAAAUGAUGACGAGUCCUCUGACACGACAGAACAUGGAGCAGCAGAGCCCGGUCAAGAAACCACUGAUGUGACGAUGGUAAGCUACGUUUGAAACUUGGAGAUGUUACAGGUGAAAAUGCUCAUUUGGCUAAUGUUAGUAAUGCUGCCAAGUGCAAAACCUAGUGUGAGUGCGAAAUUAUCACUAUGCACUGAGCUAUAGUAUGUAAUGUAUAACAACAACAAUAAUAAUAAUAAUAAUCUAACAAUAAUAAUAACAACAACAGUAGAUACUGUUAUAUUGUAUGGUUGAAAUCAACCUGUUGUCUUUGAAUUGACUAGAAUACUAGAUAAUAAAUGAAAUGUGAAAUGGAAAUGUGUGUAUGGAGGCCAAAAGUGGUCAUGGGGACGAAAUUGCAAGAUAUAAUUUAUUACCAUGUCUUGAUUAAUUUCUCAUGUACAUACUUUACAGGUAUUAAACUAUUUCUUUUAAAUAUUUACUGAUGAUUUAUUGUAUAGGUUAACUAGCUUGAUUUACAAAACCAAUUUCUUAUGUAGAGCAAAGAUGAUCGAGAUGUGGACAGAGGAGAUCGUCCCGAAAGCAGCGUUACUAUUAUGGUAAGGCUGAUGGCAAUAAUGCUUGUUUGCCAUGUUUGCUAUUUAGCUAUUUGCACUUACCCAUGCACUAACCCAAAAUACUGCCAUCCUUAUAUUUUGUUGAUAGUGCAGUUUUAAUGGUUUACUAACAUAGUAAUCAAUGCUAAUCGUUUUGUAGUCUGAAGAUGAUCCUGCUGUCAGAGAUAGCAGGAUAGUCAGGAACUCACUACCCUUUAUGCAGCAGUGGAUCAUUUUACCAGGCCCAAGCCAGACACUCCAGACUUUUUUCUACAUUUUCACCCCCAGCAAAAGGCAGACAAGCCUGUAGUGCGGAGAGCAUUUUUUCACAAAGAUGGUACAAACAGGAAAUGGCUAUCAUACAAUGAAGACACAGAAGCACUCUUUUGCUUUCUUUGCAUGGCUUGUGCUAAUCCUAGAGAUAGCAGCUCCUUCAUCACUGGCAUUACUAACUUCACACACAUACACCUUAGAGUCGAUGAGCAUGAUCAAAGUGAAACUCACAGAAAAUGUGCUGAGGCAUACUUCCUCAGGUCCUCUAUAAAGACUAUUUAG